AUUUAUAAUUGAAAUUAUGAAAAUGUUAAAAUAUAUCUAUUAUAUUUUAAUUAAUAUUAUAAAAUUUUAUAAUAAAAACAAUUUCAAUAAAUUUUCAAAAUUAAAUUAUAACUUUCUAAAUAUAAAUUUUAUAUUUAUUAUAAUUUUAUGAUUUUUGAUAUUUUUAUAAUUAUAUUAAAUAUAAAUAUUGUUAAUUUAUUAUUUGAUUGUUACCGCAUUAGGUAGUUAAGCAGUCAUAAGUCAUCCGUAAACGCACCAAUUUUUAACCGCAGUACCAGUCGUACAAAAAUUUUAAAAGCGCUAGAAACCGCAACCCCCCGCAUCCACAAACUCUCGCAACCGCUGCGUUUGAACCAUUCAGGCCCUUAAUUGUUUUCUCCGCAGGUACAUAUGCUAUAAUAAAUAUACUAGGAAAUAAAAAUUGUGUAGUUAGUCAAACCACCCAUUAACAUUAAUUGCAAUUGUUAUAAAAUAGAAAUAUAUUAUUGGCAUAAGAAUUGUUGCAUAUAUAUGUGGAUUCUAAUACCAUAUAAAAACAAACCUUUUUACUAAUAUAUUUUAAAUUUAUAUUGUCAUUUUGCAAAUUAAUCCAAUAUUAGCUAAAACAGAUAUUGACCAUUAAUUUUAACGUUCGGGUGUCAAAAUUAAUUUAUUAUUAUGUAAUGAGUCAUCAUGAUUCAUGGAAAAAGUGUGACUCGUUUUUUUCUUUUUUUUGUUUUCUUUGUCACUCUGACUCAGAUUCUUGCAUAAGUCAAAACAAGAUAAAGACCAGAGAAAUGAAAUAAAAAAGGGUGCGACCGUGGACAAAGAAGCCAUACAAUUGCUUUUUCUUAUCUUUUACUCCUCCUAGUCCCCUAUUGUUUUCGUGUAUGUGUUCAUAUGGUGUUUCAGAUUUUCAUUUCUCUUUAUCAAUCAAGAAUUUUUCCGAUUUUGAUCUUGAAUUUUUAUCUAUUGCAGAUUUCCCCAACAGUGAAAUGAAUGGAUCAUCGAGUCAAAUUUCCAGUAAGAGGAAAUCAGUUCUACCAACUUAUAAGAUUGGUAAAACUCUUGGACAAGGAUCUUUUGCGAAAGUGAAAUUAGCUGUGCAUAAAACUACUGGACACAACGUUGCUAUCAAAAUCCUUAAUCGUGAGAAGAUUAAGCAGAUGGGAAUUGAAGCAAAAGUGGAGAGGGAGAUCAAAAUUAUCAGAUUGUUGAUGCAUCCUCAUAUCAUCCGUCAAUAUGAAGUUAUAGAGACACCAGAAGACAUUUACGUUGUCAUGGAGUAUGUUAAGGCUGGCGAACUGUUUGACUAUAUUGUAGAGAAAGGUAAAUUACAUGAAGACGAGGCUCGCUAUCUUUUUCAGCAGAUCAUAUCUGGUGUGGAGUAUUGUCACCGCAAUAUGAUCGCUCAUCGAGAUCUCAAACCGGAGAAUAUACUCAUGGAUACGAAAUUCAACAUAAAGAUUGCAGAUUUUGGAUUGAGUAAUGUCAUGCAUGAUGGUCACUUUUUGAAGACCAGUUGUGGAAGCCCUAACUAUGCUGCUCCGGAGGUUAUUUCAGGAAAACUGUAUGCGGGACCAGAAGUGGAUAUUUGGAGCUGUGGAGUCAUAUUAUACGCUCUACUAUGCGGUAAUCUUCCUUUCGAUGACGAAAAUAUGCCUGGUCUAUUCAGCAAAAUCAAGAAGGGAGAGUAUAUUCUUCCAGAUCAUUUAUCGUACGCCGCUAGAGAUUUGAUACCGAGAAUUCUUACGGUUGAUCCUAUGAUGAGAAUUAGCAUUCCUGGGAUUCGUCAACAUCCUUGGUUCAGUAGUAAACUUCCCCCUUAUCUUGCUGCUCCUCCAUUGGAUACUACAGAACAAGCUAGAGAGAUUAAUGAGGAGAUCAUUCGAGACGUGGUCAACCUAGGGUUUGUUGAAAAACACGUUAAGGAAUCUCUUUUAAACAGAAUCCAAAACGAGGCAACCGUUGCAUACUAUCUGUUACUGGACAGUCGACGUCGUAGUCCCAGUGACUAUUUCGAGUCCAAUGUUAAUAGGAUUUCGAGUUUUAAUUCGACGAUUCCAGCUCAAACGGUUGCUCCGUUUCCUGCAUUGGUUAAUCAUCACCUCAUGGCUGGACUAAGACCACGGGUUAGCGCUGAUAAAAAAUGGACCCUUGGACUUCAGUCUCAAGCGCGUCCUAAGGACAUCAUGACUGCUGUUUUUAAGGCUCUUCAAGACCUUAAAGUGAGCUGGAAACAGAUUGGAGAGUACAACAUAAAAUGCAGAUGGGUUCACCAAAGUAGUAUCUCCAAAGAGAAAUCUAACAUGAUGGAAGCUGAACUUGCGAUGAUCUCACCAACCGUUCUCAAGUUUGAACUUCAGCUGUACAAAGCAGGUGAGGGAAAGUACGUGCUGGACAUCCAGAUAGCUGAUGGACCUCAAUUUCUCUUCUUGGACCUGUCCGUCUCUCUUCUCAGAGAGCUAAAUGUGGUCUGAAGCUCGAUAUCUCUUCGGAUAAUUCUUCCAUGCUUCACUGCUUGGAAUUCAAUUAUGCUAUCUAUGUUUUCUGUAAGCCAGCUUUGGUACUAAACAAAAAAAAACUAGUUAAUUUGUAUUUUGUCUAUUUGCAUGAGUUUUUCUCAAAAUGCAUGAGACAAAAAACAAUAUUUCUCAAUCUAAAUAUGAAAUUAUAUAUUUAAUGCCAACUUGAAAGAAAACAUAGUGUAAGAGAUUGAUUUCGAACAAUAAUAUGUCAUAUAUUCGUGAGUUGUAGUUAUAAGAAUAAAAGAAAAUCACUAUAACUUCUUACAGUAUAAUGGUUUAGGUUGAAUUCGUAAGAAAUAAGAAAUAUCUACAAUAGAACAGGAGAAUAUAUAUGAUGUAUCCUAGCUUGAUAUAGAAGACAUCCUAAUAUUACUAUUCUGUUUUCACAAUAAGUCAUCCUGAGUUACCAUUGCUCCCAACAUGGAUAAGUACUAAGUGUUUAGUAAUCCUCUUCAUCUCAGGAGGAGACCAGGAUAUUUACAUGGUGGAUCUUUGUAACAAGUUAACUGCUACAAUGUUCCUUUACGAGCAGAGCUGGUUCUUAUCUAUGGCAAUAUGAGCAUUUGUCAUGGGUCCAUAGAUUUAUAUUUUUUUUGUGUGUUGAUUUAAAGGUCUAUUCAAUCUGUUAAAAUUAUCAAAAAAAUUCAUAAUUAAGUAAAUUUAAUUUACUUAUUAAAAACAAAACAAUAAAAAAAUCAAUAUUUUUACCAUUAAUUUUGAAAUACUUUUUUCUUCUUUAUCUCACAUCUUAGAGUUCAAGUUAAAAGAAGUAUAGAGAAGAAAAAAUAUAUAAAAUAUUUCUAAAAUAGUCUAUAUUUUGUGUUUCGCCCAAUUCUAUAAUAUUAGUUAAGACGGCACUGUUUAGGAGUGCUUCAAAGGCCUAUGAUAACAGGUUUAGUUAUCUCAAAAAUAUAUUGGGGUUAUGAAAAUAUUUAUUAGCUGGAGAAGUACCAACCGACCAAAGGUCUCCACAUUUAAUAUCAUGAGCCGUCUAAUUCCUUCACUCCUGAUUAAACCGUUUGGUUUUGUAAGAGUAUUUUGAUUUUUGAAAAAAGUUUGUUUUCUUAAUUAAAAUUUUGCUUUGGCAGAGGAUAUUUGUUUUACUUUGUUAUUAUUAUCUUUUGACCUUUUGGGUCUUGGUAAGUUAAAAGGAUAUAGUUUCUUAUGAAAAGCUUCUUGCGGAGAUCGAUGGAUGAUGCUAUUGUUUUCAGUACAGUGAGAAACAAAAAUUAAUUCAAGAAGAACUUGUGUGAUACCAAUGUGUUAGCGGAACUUGAUUCAGCGUAGAAUUGUUUAUUUAGCGUGAAGAAAAAUGUGAAAAUGUCAUUUGGAUUAAAAAAAGAUUUUUGACUUAAAUGAAAAGAAGAAUAAAAAGUCUCAUAUUUUUAUAACAAGAGAAAUGCUGUGGUAUAAAAAUGUCAUUUUCUUAUCAAGGUUCAAAAAAUUGAAAACAAUGUGGAGAAGGAAUGAGAGGAGUAAGAUCGAGAUUAUAUCGUAGAAUUAUAGUUCUCAGAUUCUGUCUGGAGUGUUGCGAAGCAGUCUCAUCACAUAUUCACAUUUGUCUUAUGAAAUUCAAAAACCACACAUAACCGUCACACAUUACGGUCAUUUAUUUGAGUUAAGGACAGAGAUCAAAUCUCGACUCCUUGAAUUCAUUUUUUCUUUAACGAUUUCUUAAAUGUUUUGAAGCUUUAUAUUAUCAAUAUCAUUACUUUUUGUUUUGUGAUUUUCAAUUAUGAUUUUUGCUGUCUUACAGUCUUAACUCAAUAAAUCCGCUUCUUGCUUAUCGCUUGAGUCAGAUAGAAUAUUUCGAACAAUAUUGGUAAAAUGAUUUUAGAAAAUUGGUUUUAGAAACAUUUUUAAAUUAAUCUGAAACGGUUCUGCGAACGCUCUUUAGCUAUUAUGGUAUCCCACAAACACAUUAAUUUCUAACUUAUGUACCACGUACAAAUUAAUUAAUAACAUUUAAAACCACAACAUCGCAUCUGUAAACUCCCGCUGCUAAUAUAUAAAUAAAUACUCACAAAAUAUAAAAAAAAUUCAAAAAAUAGUCUCAAACAUAAUUUUUUAUUUUCAAAAAGAAAUUUUGAAAAAAAUUCAAAAAAAAAUCAAAAAAAAAUUAUAAAAAAU